CACCACCAUCAACACACCCGGACGCAUGCAUGCACAACGGCGCUAUCCAUGGCUGCCUCUGCCGCCGACGACAUUGCCGAGCUUGCGAUCACCUCGCUUCUCCUCAACACGCGGUUCCGCCCGUUCCAUCUGAGGCAGUACGACGGGUUCUGGCUCCUGGAGGAGUUCCUCAUGGACGUUCCCGCCGUCCACUCGGUCUUCGAGCCGAGGCCGUCGGACGUCCUCCUUGCCAGCUUCCCAAAGUGCGGCACCACCUGGCUCAAGGCUAUCGUCUUCGCCACGCGCAACCGGGCCGAGCACCCGCCAUGUGACCUCAACCACCCUCUCCGCCAUGGCAACCCCCACGAUGUCGUCAGGUACCUGGAGAUGGCGUUCGCGCAGUCGACGGACGACAGUGGAGCAGGCGAUGCGUUUGCGGCGCUCCCUUCGCCACGCGUGGUCGCCACACACCUUCCCUACUCUCUCCUGCCACGGCGCAUCACCGCGGAGGAGUCCGGCUGCCGGAUCGUGUACAUCUGCCGGAACCCAAAGGAUGCGUUCGUCUCCUCGUGGUUCUUCGCCAAGAAGGGGGCGGCCACCGUUGCACGAGCACGAGCACGAGCCGACAAGGACAUGGACAUGCAGCUGCAGCAGCAGCCGCCGUACACAUUCGAGGAGGCGUUCGAACUGUUCUGCGAUGGCAUAUGCGUCUGCGGCCCGCAAUGGCGUCACGAGAUGGGCUACUGGGAGAUGAGGAGGAAGCGGCCGGAGAAGGUGCUCUUCCUCCGGUAUGAGGAGAUGCUCCGGGACCCGUGAGCAAUGUGAAGAAGCUGGCGGAGUUCAUGGCGGCCAUGGCAUCAAUCGAUGAAUCAGCUUCACCAGGAAAACAAUUGUCGAGCAUUCAAAGUCAACUACUCCGAUCCAAAUUACAAGAAAAAUACUAGUUCAGUAAUGAUAUCAUGAAUAGCCACAGGUGCAACCUACUGGCUACUGCACUACAUCACAGAUGUUAAUCUCGCUUGAAAGCUUCAGGAUGGACGCGGUAGGGAUCAGCGAGGAUCGACGCGGUGGGGAUCGGCGGGGCGGGGCAGUAAAUCUCCUCUUAGCUUCUCCCAGCUCCAUGUAAGCGAUCUUCUUGCCGGCAGCAUUGGUCGUUGGCAGCGACGGUGGCGGAGCAGAGCGUUUCUUUCCAAGCGCUUCCUUCGGACCGUUCGCCGGAUUGACGGCGGCAGGGCCGUUUGAGAUGGAAGUGAUCAGCGCGGAUCGGCAUGCUGACGGAGCGGCGGAGGACUUGUCGGGAAUUCUCCCGCUCGCUACGCCGGAAACCUUCAUGGUGGACGAGGUCAGGGUCCUCAUCAUCCGCGGGGCAAGGGGCCUCUUCGGAGCUUCUCCCAGGUCCAAGUAAGCGAUCUUCUUGCCGGCAGCAUUGGUUGUGGCGAUUCUGGCGAACGGGAUGAGCGCGGGUCAGUGCGGCGGCGGCGGCGGAGCAGAGUGUUUGUUUGCUACCCCUCCUUUCGUAGCCUUGGUCCGGUUCAUGAUGACAGCGCCGUUUGACGUGGAGGAGAUCAGCGCCGAUUGGCGUGACGACGGCGAGGGCGACGCAACGGACUUCCUCGCAACUCUCUCCUUGGCCGCGUUGAGGACCGUCCUGCGGCGCUCAAGGUCACGACGGAUCUGGUCGCGCAACGCCGAGGAAGAGCACUGCGCCAUGAGAGCGGGCGUGCUGAAGGCUGCGCGGAGGAACGAGAAGAGGGCUCGGCAAGGGUGUUUCUUGUGUUGCGCGUGCCCUGAGGGAGCCGCCCCUAGGCUUAUAUCCAGCGGAAGGUCGCUGAGAUGGAGUCGGAUUCGAAGAGGGAAGCGUGCAUGUCAAGCACUGCGUCACCGAGUUGAGUUGCAAAUCCUCAUCUUGGAGCGAUGCGUAUGCCUUUUUUCUUUUCUUGAGAUAAGAGCGAUGGGUA